CACCAACAGCCACAGCACGCUCCCUCCGCCACCGCAAAUCCCAAGCAACACCAGGAUCGCGACGAGACAAGCGCGAAGCAGCAUCACCAGCAACUCCAGCGCACAUUCUCGAAAACGCCCAAACCCGCACCGCCACACCACCAUCGCAUACCUCUAGAAGGAGCUCCAUCAGAAGACGGCUCUUCAACAUGUCGAGCACGACGGGCAAAUGGCGCGAGGAGCAGGUCCUCAUCGUCUGCCCCGGCAGCCGCAUGACCAUGGCCCAGCUAGGAUGCAGCGAGCUGACCCUCCCCACGCGCCGCAUGCAAACUCGCAUGUUCAAGGACGGCGAACAAUGGGCGCCUUACCACAGGGCGAAGCGCACAAAGCUGGUGAAUGGCCAGGAGGAGGAGGAGUGGGUGGAAGAUGUGGAUGAGGACGAGGGUGCUGUGUAUCCCAUUCAAGCUGGUCGCAUUGUCAACAUGGAGGCCUUUCUCGCCUUUCUCGACCAUGUCCACGGCCUCUUAACAACCACCUACCACAACACUCCCAUCAUGCUCAUGGCCUCGCCGCAAUGGACGCGCCCCGACUGCGAGACUAUUGCCCGGUACAUCUUCGAGAACACCCGAACCCCGGCACUGUGCGUAAUCCACAGCGGUGUCGCAACUCAGUACGGACUGAAGUGGCCCAACAUGACCGUGGUGGAUAUUGGCUUUCAGAAGGUCGAUGUGACAGCGAUUCAUGACGGACGCGUUGCGAAUCAUAUGGAGGUCAGCUCCGUGGGUCAGGAAGGCCAGAUCAGCGGCGGAGAGGUGUUCACUCAGAACCUGCUCCGGUUACUGAAAGGGAAGGGAUUCAACCACGACAUGGCCGAGCAGUUAAAAAAGAGCUCUAUCUGCGAGGUUCUUCCCUACGUAGGCACGGCGGCUAACCUGAUGGAGUUGCCCGUGGGGAGUGCCUCCGAGGCAGCCGCCUACUAUGCUUCUGACGCGACUAUGACCACGGCCAUCGGUGCGCCCAAACCUCUGGACGAGGGCGAGAACUCCAAUGGCAACGGUGACGACGAUGGUGUGUUGGAUGUGGCCACCAUCGUUACCACCGGCCAGACCAAGGAGUUCCUCGCUAAGAAGGAGAAAGAGAAGGAGAAGGGCAAGCCUGGGAGAAAGGCCAAGGGCGAUAAGGAUGCCGAUGCGGCUGCUAACAAGCCCGCGCGCUUGCCUAACUCGAAGAGGUCGAAGAACAUAUUCUACUUUGAGGAAGUAAUUCUUGAGGAGGUGCCUGUGCCGGCCAAGGAGCCCACAGCGAAGAGUACCAAUGGUCCAGCCGAGGGUGAGAAGAAGGAGGGUGAUGCCAAUGGGUCCGCUGCUCCUCCAGCCGACGAUGCUGCAGCAAAGGAGGCUCCCAAGCCUGAGGGCGAGGUCGCGACCACGGAGAACAAGCCUGAAGAGAGACCCGAGGCUCCUGCAGCUGCCGCCACCAGCACCAACGAGACCCCUGAGAAGCGACCCAAGCGCGUCCGUCGAGACAUUGAGGUCGGUCUGGAGCGGUUCAAGUUUGCGGAGCGAGUCGAGAUCGAUCGCAUCGUCAACGCUAUCUACCGCACUAUUCAGGGCAUCGAUGACAUGUACAUGCGCCCGGCGUGUUGGGACAACCUCGUCUUCGUCGGUAAUGGUUCUCGUUUGCGAGGCCUCAAGGAGAACAUUCUCCAGACGCUCACCGCCCGUCACCUCGUCUCACCAUCCACAGCUACCAUGUUCACCUCGGAGCUGCCCUCCAACAUGGCCACCCCUACCGGUACCGGCGCGCAGACACCUACAGGAUCCUUCACCGGCGCGCCUCAUCAACUGUCCUCAAGCGGCGUGAACCCUCUGCUCCAGGCCGCGACCACAGCCAAUGCAGCUGCUGGCGGCGUUAAUAACGUUGUCGCAACUCCUCAGGCCGGAUCUGAGGCUGGCGGUCCCGCUGUUGGUCAUCACUUCCAUAGUCAGACGCCUACGAGCAUCAAGACCGCCGCUCUGCCGACGUACUUGAGCGAGUGGACCAAGAACGGCUUCGAAGAAUCCAUGUUCCUCGGCGCACAGGUCGCAGCUCGCAUUGCCUUCUGCCUGCACACCAACAUGGAUGCGCAAGCUAUUGAGGCACAGAGGCUCAUGAGCUUGAGCAGAGUCGAUUACAACGAGCUAGGUCCCAAGGGUAUCCGCACCCACUCCAUGCUUGGCUAGACGAUGCCUUGCUUUCAGGUUUUUGUUUGUUUGGUUUUUAUCUGCUUGAGACGAGGACUCGGAGUUUUCGGCCCAGCGAAUUGGAAUGGAGAUGCUCAAAAGGAAGACCCAAAGAUGCUCGAUGCUAGGGACAGUGAAGCCCCCAAGGUCCAGCUGGACAGCUGCAGACCUUGAGAGUAAGAUCUCGGCUUGUUUCGAGAUGAAUGCAUGGGAGAGAGGAGGGAACAGGCAGGCGGUGUAAUAGUAUAGAAGCUACGGUUGCCUUGUAUGAUAUCCCUCCUAGUCUUUGGAAUGAGAUUGACGUGAUGAGGGACCAAUGCCAGUCUUGCCACAACUUGAAGUGUUAUACGGAUCGCAUAGCUUGUUG